UUUUAAAUUUGUGAAGAAGAAAAAAUUUCAUGUGAAAUAUUUUGUUUAAGUUCAGAAGAAGGCAAUGAAUAUUCAAAAUUGUUGGAUACUGGACGAAGUGCAAUACAAUAUAUUCAAAUAUUGACGACCAACACACCACCAGAUGCAAUUGUACUGUUGAUACUAUAUAAUGCUUUCGAGGUUUCUGUGUAUUGUUGCCGCAUUUGCGUCCGUCGAGGCCAUCUCGUUCAAACUCGACCCGGGGUCCACGAGGUGUCUGCGUCAGGAGUUGACGAAUGGAACGUUUGUAAAGGGUGACUUCAAGGCUUCUGUGGUGGAGAAGCAAUCCGUACAAAUUGAGAUCAAGGAUGACUACGGUCGUAGUGCGUACACAAAGGAGAAUGCCGACAGCGGCAAGAUAGCAUAUGUGGCGGACAAUGCAGGUGUCUACGAGACGUGUUUCACGAGCAAGGUCGACUCUGGCGCUGAGAUGAAGAUGCACGAGAUCACCGUCGACUUGAAGUCCGGUGUGGAGGCCAACGAGUACGACGCAGUCAAAGAGGCCGAGAACUUGGCGCCGCUUGAACUGGCGAUCAGGCGCAUGGAAGAGCUGGCUGAGAGUAUCGCCAAGGAUAUGGGCAGCAUGAAGCAGCGAGAGGCUAACAUGCGCAAUACCAAUGAGUCGACCAACGCGCGCGUAUUGUACUUCAGUGUGGUAUCCAUGAUGUGCCUGGUGGGUCUGGCCAUCUGGCAGGUAUACUACCUGAAGAGCUAUUUCAAGUCCAAGAAGCUGAUCUAAAUAUAGGGGUUGGACUUGUGCAAUAUGAAUCGAUAGUGCUCCCCAUCCCCGCCCGAUCCUCGGCCCUGUUUAUGCGGGUCGAGCACGCCUAUAGGAGACUCAUGAUAUACAAUAAAGCACCCGAUUUAUGUGUAUUCAACCGAUCGUAUAAUUCCACUUUACAAUUUAAAUUAGGACUCGCACCUAAUAUUCCAG